ACAGGCCUAAACUUCUUCCCCACUCCCACAAGUGUUGGAACGGACGGAGGCCGCCGUUAAACGAGGACAAGACAAGACCGGAGCAGACAACAUGGUUAAAGUCGGCAUCAACGGAUUUGGCCGCAUUGGGCGUCUGGUGACUCGUGCUGCUUUCCACAGCAAGAAGGUGGAGAUUGUUGCCAUCAAUGACCCUUUCAUUGACCUAGACUACAUGGUGUACAUGUUCAAGUAUGACUCCACCCAUGGGCAGUACAAAGGGGAGGUGAAGGCUGAGGGUGGCAAACUGGUCGUUGAUGGACAUGCAAUCACAGUUUUCAGCGAGAGGGACCCAGCCAACAUUAAGUGGGGUGAUGCUGGUGCCCAGUAUGUUGUGGAAUCUACUGGUGUCUUCACUACUAUUGAGAAGGCCUCAGCUCACUUGAAAGGUGGUGCCAAGAAGGUGAUAAUCUCUGCCCCCAGUGCUGAUGCCCCAAUGUUUGUCAUGGGUGUCAACCAUGAGAAAUAUGACAAAUCCCUUCAAGUAGUCAGCAAUGCCUCUUGCACUACCAACUGCCUGGCUCCUCUGGCCAAGGUCAUUCAUGAUAACUUUGUCAUCAUUGAGGGCCUUAUGAGCACUGUCCAUGCCAUCACUGCUACCCAGAAGACAGUUGAUGGUCCAUCUGGUAAACUGUGGAGGGAUGGCCGUGGUGCCAGCCAGAACAUUAUCCCAGCCUCCACUGGUGCUGCAAAGGCUGUGGGAAAAGUCAUUCCUGAACUCAAUGGCAAGCUGACUGGUAUGGCCUUCCGUGUUCCAACUCCCAAUGUGUCAGUGGUUGACUUGACUGUUCGUUUGGAGAAGGCGGCUAAGUAUGAGGACAUAAAGAAGGCAGUCAAGACUGCAGCUGAAGGACCCAUGAAGGGCAUUCUAGGAUACACAGAACACCAGGUGGUGUCCACAGACUUCAAUGGUGACUCUCACUCCUCUAUCUUUGAUGCUGGUGCUGGAAUUGCCCUUAAUGAUCACUUUGUCAAGCUGGUGGCAUGGUAUGAUAACGAGUUUGGCUACAGCAACCGUGUCUGUGACCUGAUGGCUCACAUGGCUUCCAAGGAGUAGAUGUGACCACUGACAACCAACAUAUUCUCCCAACAAUUACAAAAGUGCUUGAAGUACUGUGCUUUAAUUUGAAGACCAAUUUUUUUUUUUUAUGAAAAUGCCCUGUUUUGAAGUGGACACAGCAUCUGUCUGCUUAAAUGUGUGGUGGAAUAAAGUCCUCUGCUGUGAACUGUU